AUGGAGCAAAUGUACCUGGUAGAGAUAUUCAUUGACAAAGUAACAAUCUUCGCAUCUGAGGAGGAUGAAAAGAGUGGAGCUAAUAAAAAUCUAAUUGUCAAAAUAAAAUUUGGUCCAAAAAUACAAUUCAUUAUAAAGGAAGGCCAGUUGGCUGUUAAGGAGGAAAACCAAGAUGAUAUUAUUGAAUGUGAUGAAAGUGGGCGACGUAAAUGGACACGAACAAUCAGAGUAGGAAAAUCUUAUUUAUUCCCUUCCUAUCCAGAUACAUUACUUAUGAUACUUAGUAAGUUUCCUCUUGAAAUCGAAGUUUGGAAUGAUGAUGAAAAUGAGGUUGAAAUAUUUGUUGGAAUUGGUACAAUGCAUUGGGAAACUCAAUUCUUUCAUAUGCUAAAAGAAACUGCUGAAGCUUGUAAAAUACAUGAACCUCUAAGCAUUAAACAAGUAACUCCGUUAUUUGCAGAAUGUUGUUGUAAGCAAGUCGGUGAUAUCUCAUUUAUUCUUAGAUUAAGUGCUUUAGGAGAUAGUAUUAUUACUGAAUUUCAACAACCAAUGAAAGAUCCCGACACAUUUGUUUUUAGAACAAAUAAAGCGCCAAGUAUGUUCCAAUGUAAAAGAAUUGAAGGUGAUGAUCCCAACUUUUGUAUGGUUGGCAGUCUAUAUGAAACUACAACAUUAGAAGAUCCGACUGUUGUUGAUAAUGCACAACAAAAGAUUGAGAUUUGCACUGAGUUGCAAAGUUGUGGAGUAGGACAAAAGGAUGUCAAUUAUACUUGUAAGCAUGAUGGCGAUGACCAAGGACCACCGAAAAAGAAAUAUCCAAUUGACAAAAUAAGAAUAGGUGACAUAACAGGUCCGUGCGGUAACGCAAAUUGUCCAUUGGCACAUAAAGUUAAAACUUAUAUUAGAAAUUUAGACACAUACAAAAAGGAAGCAGAAGGCAAAGUAACUGAAAUGAAAGGUGACACUACAAGAAAAAUAUGCGGUACUUGUGACUGUAAAGAUGAUCGAUGGCAUCGGGAAUUAUGUCCUGAAAUGUCAAAUAAGCAAGAAGAAGGAAAGAAAACCGAAUGUUCUGGUUGUGGUGGUAUAGUAAACCAAGGUGAGACUUGUGAAGAUAAUAAAAAUAAAAUGUUUGGAACUGGUUUAACACCCAAGACAAGCAAAACGACAGUUGCAUACGUGUUCAACGUGACCAAAGUUCCUGGUUUUAAGGAAUCUCUUUAUGGAAAAGAAUACAUCGCUGAAAGUGCUGUAACGAAUUUUUGUUCUCCUGCUGGUCAAAGCACUAUACCAUUACAAAAUAUGAGUGGUUGUUGUUGUCAGAAGCCUGGUUGUCCAUCGACUCAGGAAAGGAAGUUAAUAGAAGAUGCCAAAUCAAAAUCAGAAAACGUUGCAGCUAGCCGAACUCCUGGAAAUCAGCCAGUAGUAUGUAACGUGGAAAUAAAGGAACCAAAGAAAAAUUUUUCAGUCUAUAACUGCUUUGAACUUCCAGAUGAAAGAGAUUGUAAAUGUAAUCCUCCUAAGCCCUCUCCACCAUGUAAAACUUUCGAUUGUGAUUGCAUAAUGGAAAUGGCUAACAUAGCAGCCAGAAAAACUCACCGACCCUACUGUCCUUCUUAUAAGCACAAAAAUAACUGUCCAGUUACAAUGAUGCAAGAAGAAGACUUGGAGAAAAAAUUAGCUGAAGAUGACGAAUAUGAAACUGAACCCCUUCCUUAUGGACUUCCGCCUAUAAAACUUGGGCCCUGUCCUGUAAUAGGUAGACCCUGCUCUGUUCCUGAUGGCUUCGCAAGAAUGUACAAGACUGCAGCAUUACCCGCUCAGCCUCCCAGUUACAGUGACGCAGGAAAAGUUUGUUGUUCAAAAGAAUAUGAAAGGAUUAAAAAGGCAAUUAAAGACUAUAUGAGAUAUGAGAAGGAUCACGAUUAUAGAUGUGUAAAUAAGUUUAACGUGGACACUGAAAGAAGAUGCUGUGAUAAAGAACAAAGAUUAUUAUCUCUAAUGGGUCGCGGUUGCUGUGGUUCUCACAAACUGGCCAUUCAAGAGAAAUUUAAAGAAGACAAGAAAUAG